AUGCCGCAACACAAGUCCUCCCAACCUGAUACAAGGCACAGCAGUCAUCGUAGUCGCAACAGAUCCGUGAUGACUCCGUCCGAUGGCGACAUGACCCAUCCGUCGAAUUACCCCGCGCCCACCCAAACGACCUCGUCGGUGCCAGAGAGCACGAUUCUCCCCGACUCCAAAAAUGGAAUCGUCGGCAAUUGGGAAGCUUCCUUGGGCUCUAAUAUCCCUCAAUACUGGUCAGACAUAGACUCGAUGGGGUUCCCUUAUCCGGCCCCUGCUGACUGGCUCCCCACACCUUGGAGUUACUCCCUCAGUCUGGUCCUAGGGCAGCAGGGAGAAUAUGUCAGCCACGGACCUGAGGGCGAUGCUGCGUCGGUGAAUGUGAACCCUAACGACAGCCCUCGGUCCCCCGUCUCCCCCCCCGGCCCCAGCAACCACAAGAACGAGUUUCUCCUUGUCGAAGACGCGAUUGCCCAUGUUUCGGGAGGGCAGAAUACAGACUACCCUCACAGCUGGAUGCCUUCAAUCGGUUCAACUUCCUACUUGUGCCCAGAGCAAGAAACUCCAGUCAGCGUUCAGCAUCGUCAACGGCCUACUGACACUGAGCCGUAUGGAACCGACGAUGGGCUUGGACACCAAGCGAUGCAACAUGGAUACAAUGUGGGGCUGGGUAUCCAUCAUAUUGGUAUCCCGCAGCAAUACGCAGAGUGCUGGUCGCAGCCUGAGCCGCAGCCGGCAUAUCCUUAUUUCUCUCCCACGACUCAUGACGACCAAGUCGAUGUGGAUAAUGAUGAUGAUCAUCCUGAGCAAGAGACCCAAGCUAGCGCCCAGGCUGACGAUGACAGUGACUGGACCUGGGCUGCGUACUCCUCAAGUGACGAUUGUGAUGAGGUUGCUGAGGGGUGGCAUCUGAUCAACAAGAAGUGA